AUGGUCACUUGCAGGUCCACCACCAAGCGAACCCCCAUUGCAAAAUCCUCUGCUUCGUCCACUGAUGACUCCUCUUCUUCCAAUCGGAGAUCCUCGGCUCACCGCCGCUCUCAGAGCCUCAGCUAUUUCUCCCGGCCUUUGCCUCCGGCAGGGGAUGACUUAUCUGGCGUCGUGCUCCUUCCAAGAGGGAGGUUCGUCAACACUAUUAAGGGAUCGGGUUUCCCGAAUGUUACUCUCGAUGAUCUCGCUAUUCAGUUCUUCGGUUCUGCUGAUCGAGGCCGUUCUUAUUCGAGAAUUGAUGAUGUCAGCUCUAGGGAUAAAGUCAGUGUGUCGCAGAGAAGAGGGAGGUCCAUGUCGAGAGGCACGGUUCGUGAGUUGGUGAAGGGAAAGCUAGUGGUCGAAAUGGCUAUGUCGGGGGACGGGUUAAUUCCGAUAAUAAUUCAAGGAGGUGACGCUCUGUAUCUGUUGUCCGAUAUCAAAUUAGUGAUUUUGAGGCAGAGGGUUUGAUGUGAACAGAUUAUCAGCGGAGGAGGCGGAAGGAGUAGCAAUGUCAUCGCUAAACAAUGUUGUGUCGUCAUUUCAGAUGGAUUUUGGGAUUAGAAACAGAAGCUAUAAAAGAGAUAUGGAAGCCAUUGAUGUCAAGAGAGUGUGGAAAGUAUUAGAGAAGAAGCUGUGGUGGACGAAACAGAGGAGCUCCGAUUGGAAGAAGAGGAGUCAUCAGCGGACGAAGCAGAGGAUUUCGCAAUGGGGGUUCGCUUAGUGGUGGACCUGCAAGUUAUAAAGCGAGUGAGGUCAGGAGUAGAAAGGUUGUAUUUUAGUAGUGGACCUGCAAGUGGCCAUUUGGGAGGAAGCAGGUGAGGUCAGGAGUAGAAGCAGCUGUUAUUGGUAUUUUAGUCUUUUAAUUAAAAUUAACGGUGAUUUAACUGAAAAUCUAAC